AUGACGUGCACUGCCGUCGACUCAACGAGUGUUUGUGGUGACAUCACUGAAGUGAAGACAGAGUCAGUCGUGCCCAACGGUCACAAGAACAUCCUCAAGCUCAGCUUGCCUGAUGGAAUGACUCCUCUGUACGGCACAAGAAUGGUGAAGAUAGAGCUGAAUAACUUGGACCUACCUCGGGGAGGCUUCUUCCCUGACAGGCUAGCGGCACAGAUCACUACGUCAGCUGACGAGAGCCCCUCCUAUGUCAUGUCUAGUGGAGAUUAUCUUUGGAAGAAGCCUGAUGCAGGAUUCACUCUAGCAAGGAUACUCGCCACUGAUGGUCAUACGAAACCCUUCAAAUCCGAUGUUGGUAACAUCAUCUAUGUGAAACUAAACCUCGGCGCGACGCUGUUUGCUGGUGGUAGCGGCACGGCAAUUGCCGCAUUAUUCACUUUGAGUCUACCAGAAGGUUACGUUUGCCGUGAGACUGCGGCUGUCGAGGAUAGUCUGUCGUUAUUCAAGACAAGACUACCGCAAGGCAAGGGCACGGUGGAGAAGCCCGAGAUGUGGUCGUUCAGUGGCAACAAUGAGUGCAGCUUUGGUCUGUCGGGCUAUGAUGUCAUCUAUAGUGGCAGCAGUAUUAUGAUCAAGAUCGUCGUCGAUAACCCACCCUCCCCAGUGGGCCAAGCGAGCAGCUCCAACAGGUGGCGUGUUACGAUUGCUUCUCGCGGGUAUAACCCUCAAGCGAACCAAUUGUAUAUAGUGGAGGGCAGUGUCUUCAUGCAAGCUCAGAACAGCAGUCAUCGCACCAGCCGACUUCUCGGUUUCAACUACUUCUAUCCUGCGUCAUAA